AUGUCAGACAAGAACGACAAUGGUCUAGUUGAAAUCCAGCAAAAUCGGAAGCCGGAGGAUGGAAUAGCGGAGAAUGAUUUCUUGACGGAGCACUGGAACGACCUGAGCGGAGCAUCACUGUUCAACAUCCUGAAGACGACUGUCAAACACGCCUAUUUGAUUGCGUCGAAGGUGGCGGGUAUGAGCCAGGUGUUGCAGCAGAUGCAGCUAGAUCACCUGAAGAACAACAUCACAACGUUGCAACGAGAUGUGAAGAUGAUCGAUGUGAGAACAGAACAGAUCCGGACGGAAGGAGAGGAGCUCAACAAGGAUUCGGAAGAGCUCUCCAGAAAAUUCGACACUUUCUCCAUUGAGAUGGACAAGAAAAUUGCGGAUUUGAUCAAGAAAUCUGAAACAUCGCAGCACAAGGUGGUAGAAGCGCUGGGAACAUAUGUUGACAGCCUUGCAAAAGAGCUUGAGAUGAAAGCUGACAGAGAGGAGAUUGAGUUGAUGAGGUAA